UAUGGACGUGAACAAAAUUCACUCUUCCGUGUUGCGCGUAAAACAUAGAGUGAGCCUUUGUAAAUUGGAACAGCUGGAAUGGGAAAAACCUACAAGGAAAAUUACUUGCUUACAAUGGAAUUCCUGUGAACUGGAUAAAUUUCUAAAAAAUCUGUUUUAAUUUCAAUUGUAACGGCGAAAGUAUAGCGCAAAGUGAAUUGAAAGCUGGUCAAAUGAAAAAAUCUUGUUGAAAAACUACUAGCUAGUCAAUUUUGAUCUUUUGGAUUAUUAGUAUGUAAUUUAGAAGAGAAAAAAAAAAUGCAAAACUGGAUACAAUGUGAAAUAACUGAAGAAAAUGUUGGAUUUCCAUGUAGAAAAAGAUUCCACGACCUCUCUUGAACUCGAAAAACAACCUUUGGCAUCGGGAAGUAUGUGAGAAAAAUUACCUCAUCGAAAAUAUAAUACCAAUUAUCGAUCCUUGAACAACUCAAGCGAGUUGGAGUUCAAGUGAAAAGGUGCUUCUGUCUGGAUGUUUCGUUAUGUUUAACAAUAGGUGUUUAUUGAGUCCUGUGUUGGAAUGCGCUUAGCAGUGGAAAAACGCGAAAAAAGCGAUUUGUGAAAAUAAUUAGAUUGGUGUUGCUGCAUCAAAUAACAAAUGAGGAAUCUAAUUACAUAUUGCCAUUCAUCCCUGUGCAGUUGUGGUAGUGGAGAUGCAUGCAGAAUUUAUUGCAUGUAAAAAUAUGUCCUUAAAUUAUAUAUGUAGCUCAAAAAUAGCAACGAAGAAAAUUCUGCAAUAAUUAUUUCCUGUGCUCUAGACAGAAUGGAAGAUUGGUGAAUGUUGUCACUUUGUGGCGAAGUUUUCACAGUAUACGUGAUACGAGAAAAAUGUCACUCCAAAAAUGCACCAGUGUAUAAGUAAAUUGCCGCGUUCACUAGUGUCACUGAAGGUGUCUGAGGAAGAGCCGUGAAAAUAAAGUCAUGUGUAGAACGUAAUAUUUACAACGACAAACCACCAUCUAUACCAUCCACCACCCAACGCCCACUGUUCCCAAUUCGGCAAACUGCUAGCACAGAAAAUCGCCAACAAUCAUCACAAUUCACAGUGCCAAACUCAAUUUAGAUCAAACCAAAAAGGGUGGUUGAGAAAUAUUACAGGAUCCAAGUGAUAAAAUAAGUGCACAUAGGUGAAAAAUAACGAUUCCAAUGGAAGCAAAUCCUCUACAGCACCAGCACGAACAUAAACAUUGCUGCUUUGGUGAAAAAUCAUAACGGUAUGAUUUACGAUGUGAUGAUGAAAAGUUGCUCCACAACUGAGAGCUUCAGUGACCACAUCCAAAUUAUCACAACCUACCCAGCUCAAUUGAUAGUAGGAUCACGUAUCGGUAUCAGUUGGAUUUCGAAGUUCUCCCAUCAUCUUCCAGUAACUUUUGGAAGCGGUUGCUGUUUUCGGCAGAUUCAACGCACUAUAAACAACGGCAGUGACUUUCGAUUCUCCUGACAUGAGUUCACUGUUUAGCACACUUAAAAAUCUUGCUGUAGGUGGAAAUACUAGCAGCAACGGAAACGACACUAAUACACCUGCUACACUUCACUGCUAUCAAGUAACUGAAUCCGAUGAAAUACCCCUAAGUAUCUCACCUCCACCACCACCUCCUCCAUCAACAUCAACAUCUGAUCAUAAUCUAAAGAAGAUGGGAAUCCCGGAUACUCAAUCCGACUUCAACCAGUGGCUUCACGCAAUGAAAAUGGUGGCACGCUUACCUGGUGGUAUGCCACCUGAGUUUCGUCGUAAGCUAUGGUUGGCGUUGUCGGACAGAUACCUUCAAUCUAAGGGAAUCAAUUGGAAUGAGGAAGGAGAGAAGUAUUUGACUGAUCAAUGGGACGAAGACGAUGAGGAGCUAGGAAUUCAAAUUGUGAAGGAUCUUCACCGUACGGGAUCCAGUUUAUGUUCUGGGCCUUCAGGUACUAUCAACCAGGCCAAGCUGAAACGGGUUUUGCUUGGAUAUUCCAGGUUCAACCCCGAAGUAGGGUACUGUCAAGGAUUCAAUAUGCUCGGCGCACUCAUACUGCAGGUUAUGGACAAAAAUGAAGCAGAUUCCAUCAAAGUGAUGAUUUUGCUAAUAGAAGGUUUGCUUCCGCCGGGAUAUUUUUGUGGUUCAUUAGGAGGGCUGCAAGCUGACAUGGCGGUAUUUCGAGACCUAUUAGGUACCCGUUUACCUAAGCUAGCCCGGCACCUGCAGAAAUUACAAGGACCAGAAGGAGCUUUCGAGCCACCAUUAACGAAUGUAUUUACAAUGCAAUGGUUCCUUACGUUGUUUUGCACUUGCCUACCCAGCAAUUCGGUGCUGCGCAUCUGGGAUCUUAUUCUGAUAGAAGGCAGUGAUGUGCUGCUACGCACGGCGUUAGCGAUUUGGGGCCUGCUAGAAGGCCGAAUCAUAGUCACGAAGACAGCUGACGAUUUCUACUGCAAAAUGGGAGCAUUAUCAACGGAACUAGUGAAUGGCAAUUUAAUCGACUGCAACGGCCUAAUACAGCGAAUUGUAGAUAUAGGUCCAAUACAAGAUUUACAUAAGUUAAGGGAAAAGCAUGUACAUAACAUCAGUCAACUAAAGGACUCGUCCAAUCUCAGGAUAUUCUACUCGGAUGACGAAGGUGAAUCUGAUGAGGAUUCUCGUUUGGCUGUUACUGCGACUGCUUGGGGCCUACGUUCCGGCAGGAGAGCAUCUCUUGGUAUACCAACAAACUUGAAAGGGCCAAAUGAAGGGAGGGAAAAGAUUAACCUCGAUAUAUCGCUUUUGAAAAAGCAAUACGAUAAGCUAAGAGAACGACAACGACAGGCACAUAUCAUCUUAUCAGCGGCCGUGGCUAGACAACCAACCUCAGGUCCACAGAACAGCAAUUCGCUACAGGUCAAUCAGCUUUUGGUAGGUAAAAGUGCCAUACUCAGCAAUAAAGGAAAACGACUCGGACCACCACAAGGGGCAGUGCCUCCUUUACGACCGCAGAAGGCUAGCAAGUCUUCCAAAUCAGGCGCCCCAAAGUCUCCGAAACCAACCGAAACACUGCACUGGAAAGAUAUGGACGAAAAACAGCGAAGAGGUAGCUUGAAGUGGAAGGAUACCAAGAAGGAAAACAAAAAGCCAGUUGCAAAAGAUGAUUUGGAAGUUGUGAAACCGGACUCUCCAAAGCUCAAAAAAUCAUCCAGUGCAUCAUCUGCAAUCAGCAACCUGUCAGAAACUGGAUCUUCAUCUGUCGGAGCCAAACGGCGUAGUGAAUCUUCUUCAUAUAGUGAGGAAUCUGACGCUGACUCUAGCACUAGUACUUCGCUUUGCGAUGAUGAUAAUCAACUACUUAGUGCAUCGUCCUUGGAGGCUUCACCGAUGAAACGACGAUUAACACCUGACAGUAUCAAAGAAGUGCCUGGCGAAGAUCAAUUGGUUGUGACUUCCGAGGAUGCUCACUAUACUGAGUUCCCUGCUCUAGUUGAUAUACCACGAAUUGAAGCUACAUUACCGGACAUCGCUGAAGAGAGUCACUCUGAGACGCAAAGUAGCUCUACUGAAACGAAGCCCACUAUUAGUACGUUAGAUAGCCAAAUCAUAGAAUUAUCGGAACGUCCAGAGAAAGCUAGAACCAAACCAUUGGAACUAGCACUAAGCACUCAACGCGAUACAUCUUUCUUAAUUGCUAUCACCAGUACCAGUCAACUGUCUCCGAUUCCUGAUAUUACUCAUUACGUAAGUAUGUCUACUAUCAGUCCCCUGAGAACUCCAUCUUCCAUGAUGGACUACUCAGACUACCUUAACAACAUUCCUAGCGAGAACACAAUUACCGUUGAUGCCGUUGUCACCGAUUCGAAGGAUAAAGAAUCAUUCAAUGUAGAUGAAAAAGGCGUUACAAAUCAGCUAUUUGAAAGAAUCAACGCAGCCGAGAGGCCUAACAAACUGGACCUGAACGUGAUAAAGGAACGAAAAGUUAGUGAAUCUCUAGUUAAUACUACAGAAAGUGUUCUAGACCACAGUGAUGCAACAUCAAAACUAGAUAACUAUAGCUUUACAAAUGUAUCCAAUAGAUCAUCAAUGUCUUCAUCGUUCGUUUUAGAGCUACCUGUAAGAAGUAGUCUUCAACAGGAUUCUCCCUUACUACCACCAAAUACCAAUCUCUCAAUAAUUCCAUCGGAAAAGUCUCCGGUCAUUCAUAAAACACAUAUAUACCAAAUUGCAGAUACAAUAGCUCCAUCACCCAAAGAAUCUCCUGAGGAGAUGGACAAAUAUCUAGCAAACCGUGUAAAAUUUUUGAAAGAGAAGUCAUUUUCCAUGGAUGAUCCCAUUAAAGGAGAUGAUUUGUACCUUGAAGACAUUUCGAAGCGCUCCGCAUCGGAAGGCCUCGUAUCUGUGGACAUAAAUGCUUAUAAGAGUAAUAAAAUGUCUGAAAUUAUUAAAGAAAACUCAUUAAUUUUGGGACGAAUAAUCAGGAAAAACAAUCAGGUAGAUGAUAGCCAUACAGCGGAAACUUCUAAGCAAGAAGAACAAUUUGUGCAAAGUGAUGAAAAGUCCUCAAGUCCACAAUACAAUGAUGAAAUUAUUGACCUAAACCUAGCACAAGAGGUCAAUGAGUUAUUGGAGAAGAUUCAUGCUAAAAGCUUACCUGAGAUCACCACACCGGUCAAUACCGAAGUAGUAAAACUGAUCCCUAAAAUCGAUAAGGUUGAAUCUCCCUCGCACUUGAUCACAUUUUCUACUAAUAUACUCUCAAGCGAAGUGAUACAAACUGCAUCAACAGUUGAUGAGUCCAGCCACGAGAAAGUAAGCAUUUCUCCACUAAGGACUGAUACAGAGCAGCAAAAUUCAACUAAACCUAAAAGUGUUUCCUCUAGUAAUGAAUGCCUUAUUGACGAGUCUCCAAAUUCGCUCGGUAUUUCUAAAACCGAUCUUGUGAUCAAGCGCACUGAAGAGCAGUUGGCUCGCUUCAAGGAUCCGGAACCCACUUACUACGUACGAAAAGACAACUUCCGAGAGAUAAUUACUCCAGAAGAAGAAAAAAAUAUACCAGUAACCAGCAAACCCGAAGAAACUCCCAAAAAUUCCGUUGAUCAAGUGUCUGACAAAUCGUCAAAAAAAACCGUUGAACCCAAACUGCAAGCGAUUGAAACUAAAAAAACAAUUAACGCAGAUGUUAAAGAGCGCUCAAAAUCUCCAGACGAAUCACGAAAAUCAACGGCAUUUACUGUGGUGGAUACACAAUCGGCCACUCCGUCUAAAACGGAUGCACUAAUCAAGAAAACCGAAGAACAAUUAGCACGGUUCAGAACCGACAGAAACGUACUGGAGAAACUUGAAAAACGUCUGUCGCUGAUAGAUUUUAAAGUCGACGAAGCGCCUAGCACAGUAAUGCUGGAUCGAAAGCCUUCUAACAAGACGGAGGAAAUCAUUAAGAAAUCAGAAGAACAAAUUUCACGCAUAAAAAUUGAAACUCCGUUUAUAGCUAAAAAAUCUCCUACAAGAUUGGUAUUGGAAGAUUCGGUGACCCCUGAAGCGAAAUCCACCAUUUGUUCGUCUAAGACUGAAGAAAUAAUCAAAAAGACCGACGAACAGUUGGCCAGAUUUAAAGCAGCCGCCGAAAGCAACGCUGAAAAGCGAAAGAGUCGCCAUGAGAUCGAUGAGCUGCUGCAACCAAAGCUUGAGUCUCCAGAUAUAUCCAGUCAUUCUUCUGACAGUAUUAAAUUUGAUGACAUUUCCGUACGCGAUCAUGAUGAAGCAAAAAUUAUAAAACAUGCUCAAGCUGAGAUUUUGAAAACAAUAAAAAUUCCAGAAGAAGUGAGAUGCUCUAAAACGGAUGAAAUAAUCCGACGAAUUGAGGACGGAAAGUUGAAACUUGGCGAUGAUUACAUAACCACUAUCAAAACCAUUGACUAUCUCAAACAAUCAAAUGCCAAUCUAUCAGCUACAUUGUCCUCGAUAGAAAGCUCUAUCAAAGCCAUUGAUGGACUCUGUGAUCAUGAUUCGGACAUUCAGUCCAACCGAAUUAACGAUACUAUCGACAAUCUUGAAAAGUCCUUGAAACAAUUUGAUAACUUAAGUUCAGAACCUCCACUUGUAAUGGUUCACGAUUAUUCAAGUACUCCGCAUGAAAGCCGUUGCAGGCCUGCCGUAUCGAACAGACCAAGUAGACCUCGUAAACGAAAGGAAUAUUCGCCGCGUCGAAAGAAAGAGAAAGAUCGCGAUGAAAAGCCAAACAUCACGUACCACAAUGAACACAGCUGUGAAUAUUCCUCAGAUAGUCAAUCUGUCGAACGGGAAUCUCCUAAGACCUAUACUUACCACUCGUACUAUAGCACUUCUCCACCCACCACGCCAAGGGCUGCCUCACCAGUUAAAAAGUUGCCCGAGCCCCUAGAAGCCAUGCGGCCAUCUUCAUUCAAAAGUGUUUCCCAUGAUCGAUACCUUUUGCAACGGGAUACUCAGUUAAUCAAAUUUGACAAGUCACCUUCAUCGCCUAUUAUCAAUAAAUCAUAUCUCGAGUCGUUGAAACCAGCCACUCCAAUCGCUUCAGGACGUACCACACGAUCAGCCGAAAACUCACCUCCUUUCUAUCAGCAACAACCGGUGUUCCCUGCAUUUUCUCCUCACUUAGUAAGCGUCGCUCAACACGGGGGAGCUCUGCUAAGACAUCAAGUAGGCCACGAUGGAGAAAAUUCUCACAUCAAAAGUUGUGAAAAUCUUCUUAUGCGAUUUGAUUACAAGAAUAUAUCGGCAAUUGCGGCCAGUUUCCCGGUAUCCAGUGCUCUUUCACCGUCGCCAACCAAAUUUCGUAGUCUGGAUUUCAAGCACGACGCUGCACUGAAUUUCAGUCUGACCUCGUCGCCAAAUAAAACAUUGAACUAGACAUGCGUAAGACAGUUGAAUGUAGAAAAAACUGUUUUCUCUGUGAUAUAUAACUAGCUAUUAGAAUUUGUGUGCCGUAUGGAGUUUUAAUUAAUAAAAUUCGAUUACCACUAGGCAAAUAUAGAUUAACUCAAAUGCUUUAAAAUAAACGACAUUGUACGUUUAGGCAAUAGGCUCAGCAAAUUUUUAAUAUUGUUUAUUUGUCCACACAUCGUUUUGGCUGCAAGUGCUUUUUAAUGAUAUUUAUUUGCAUUUUCUUAAAAUCUAAUGAAUUCUUGCAUUUUUAGUUAUCUCAAAAUUGAAUACCUGAUUCAUAAUAUUGCAAGAAAUUGUUGAUACCAUCAGGUUUUCAUGCGAAUAAUGGCUAUUAUGUCUACUAUUAGUGCUGAAUCUGUCAUUUUAAGUUGAACGUUCGUUAAAAAUUACCGAAGUCGGUAAUAAUUUCUAAAUAUAUGGUCGCAGUCGUACGGCCAUAAAAAGAGAACAGAUGGUAUAAUCCCAUUUUGAGAAAUUAUUCUGCCACACACAAUAUAUAAUGGUGCACUUUGUUCGAUAAAUUAUGUCUACAUCAUAAUAACGCUAUUACUACAAGACAUCUGUCGUAUUGGAUGAUUGGACGAUUUUACAUACAUUGGUUGGUUGGUUGGUUGGUUUCGUGGUUCAAAAUAUCGAUUUUGUUCCACCAAGCUCAAUCGAUUUCAAAUCAGGUCCUCAUAAUUCUCCCAAAUUUUGAGCUCAUUUGGAUGUGAACUCAUACUGCACUGGCCUUUUGAAGUUCAUAUGGGAAUUAAAAUUUUUAUUUUUAACCACCCUAAUGUCUACGUUUUCAAAAGAAGAAAUGUUUUUGAAUUUAACUAAUUUGAGGACCACCCUAUCGUUAUUAAUCACAAAAAGAAGGGACCCUUAAAGCACAAAAACUUCACCGAGGAAGCCAAACGUAUACAUUUAAGAUACUUUUAUUUGUGGUGUCUUCGGUGAAGUUUUUUAGUACAUUUUAUUUAAAUUAUUCGUAACGGUAGCUCUCUGAGAUCCAUCUUUCGCCAGUAAAUCUUUUAUUACAAAAUUUUCAUGAAAGUCAUCAUUAAGAGACUUUUGAGGCUUCUUAAGACGCAUGUUUUGCAAAAAAAAAUGUCUGUAUCUCUUUUUAUAAAAAAAAAGCUAUUCCUAUUUAUAUUUUUUAAUGAAUAAUCUUCAAGAUAGAUGUUUAAAGUAUAGUUUGGUGCAAGAAGACCACUGAAAAAUUACAUUGGUUUCAUAGAACAUUAGAAAGACUUUCAAAAAGGAGGUUGACAAAAUCGGGUCAUUACUGUAUUACAUUACAAAAUUCCCAUUCUGGACCACUGUGUAUUGUGCACCACUGCCCCCAAUUUUUUUUCCGCGGUAUUUUUUUUUUUAAUUUUCUUUAUCUAUGAUGAACUUUGAAGGUUUUUGUGAGUACUAUAUUUUUCUUUUAAAUAUUUUUGAUCUUUCCAAACCAACUGCAUUAAAUUUAAAUUUCAUUUGAAGACCACAAGAGGAAAAAUAUGACCGCUCAUUAAAAAAAAUUGCUGUAUGCUGGCUAUGAAACGGUCAAUAGCAUGUUUCCAAAAUAUUCUUCCGGUUUUACUUUUUAACUUGGAUUCUUAAGAACCAUGUCCUUUGAACUCUUUUUAAACUUAACUGCUGAGCAAAAUUGUUCCAACCUGCAACACAAUUUUAAGGAAGAAGUGAACUACAACUACAUACAACGCUAGAAAAUAGUAUAUUAGGUUCAUCAUGAAGUUCAUAUUCUUAUGAAAAUAUGAUAAAUCGAACCAGUCUCAAACUGACAAAGAAAUGAAUCUCAUUCGACAAAAGCAAACGUGUUUGUUAAUAUAGUGAAUAUGUAUUCUUGACCUCUUUUGACAUAUUGUAUCUAAAUAGUACGAUAAAAAGCAUGUGAGGUAUGACACGUAACCGAAGAACUUGUGACAUUGAGAUUUCAAACUGUUUGUUUACUAUUGACGCGUGCAUGAUAGCUUUACCGUUAGUUCAUUUUUACCCCCAGUAGAAUAAUGUAUUAAGAUUUCAAAAACAAAACAAACGAUUUCGAAAUGUAUGACAUGCGAGAAUGCAUAAUAGGGCAUUAUGUUAAUAGUUGCAACUGUAUUGUUCAAAUUUAUUGCAAUUUAAGAAUAUUUCGUAAUUAUUAUGUUUUGUAUCGGAACUGUGAACACGUGAAUCAGC